AUGAAGCAUUUCAUGAUGCCAAGAAAUCAAAUCUUGAGAGAGAAUUAUGAGUCCGCUUCACCCACACCACCAUCCGCAUCUCCGAACCCUAAAAGUAAAUUGAUAGCAGCAGGGAGCCCUAGCAAUCGGAGACACAAAUCUUCGAAAGAAAAUGCAGAUCCGAACUCGAUUAUGUCACCUGCCACUGCCAAGAUGAAGAGCCCGCUUCCUCCGCGGCCCACGCUCAAGCGGAAGCUCACUGUGGAGGCCGCAGUGGGAUUAGAGAAUAAUACUGGGCCUGUGAAUCCUGCCGAUUCUGGUGUUAAGGUAAUAGUGCGCAUCAGACCACCAAACAAGGUUGGGGAAGAUGGAGGGUCAGUAGUUCAGAAAUUAUCAAAUGAUUCCUUGUCAAUAGCAGGGCAAACCUUUACAUUUGACUCAGUUGCGGACAUUGAGUCAACACAGAUUGAUAUAUUCCAUCUCAUAGGUGCACCCCUCAUUGAAAAUUGUCUAGCUGGAUUUAACAGCUCAGUGUUUGCCUACGGCCAGACGGGGAGUGGAAAAACCUAUACUAUCUGGGGUGCAUCCAAUGCCUUAUUGGAAGAACAUGAUCAACAAGGCUUAAUACCUCGAGUUUGCCAGCGAUUAUUUGAGCGCGUUAAUGAGGAACAAGAGAAGCAUGCUGAUAAACAGCUUGUAUAUAUGUGUCGAUGCUCUUUCCUUGAGAUUUACAAUGAGCAAAUUACUGAUUUGUUGGAUCCAAAUCAAAAAAAUCUCCAGAUAAGAGAAGACAUCAAAAGUGGUGUUUAUGUCGAAAAUUUGACGGAGGAGUGUGUUUCCUCAAUGGAGGAUGUGUCGCAACUUCUGAUAAAGGGAUUGUCAAACCGGAGAACUGGCUCAACAAGCGUAAAUGCCGAAAGUUCUCGUUCCCACAGUGUUUUCACUUGUGUUGUUGAAUCGCGCAGCAAGAGCAUGGCUGAUGGUGGGGUUAGCUGCUUGAAGAUGAGUAAAAUAAAUUUUGUUGAUCUGGCUGGAUCUGAAAGACAAAAACAGACAGGUGCAGCUGGAGGCCGUUUGAAGGAAGCAGGGAAUAUUAACCGUUCGCUUUCGCAACUAGGGAAUUUAAUUAACAUUCUUGCAGAAGUUUCUCAAACAGGAAAGCAAAGGCACAUCCCAUACAGAGAUUCCAAGUUGACAUUUUUAUUGCAGGAAUCUCUUGGCGGGAAUGCGAAACUGGCAAUGAUAUGUGCGGUUUCUCCAGCUCAAAGCUGCAAGAGUGAAACCCUGAGUACUCUGAGAUUUGCUCAACGUGCAAAGGCAAUAAAAAACAAGGCAGUUGUUAAUGAAGAAAUCCAAGAAGAUGUAAACGUUUUGAGACAAGUGAUACGACAGUUAAGGGAUGAACUGCAUCGAAUGAAGGCAAAUGACAAUCAAACAGGCCAAGUUGGAGCUUAUUCCACAGGAUGGAAUGCCCGGAGAAGUUUGAAUCUCCUGAAAUUUAGCCUCAAGCAGCCAAUGACGUUGCUCCACAUCGAUGAUGAUACUGAUGAAGAAAUGGAAAUUGUUGAGGAAGAAACUGCUGGUGAGGAUACAGAUGUUAAUAUGGAAGAUGAAGCAUUCGAACGAGUGGAUGAGGAUAAAAAUAAUAACAACAAUUGUCGGUUUACAGAAAGAAAGUCGGAGAUAGCACUGCCCAAUAGUGAUUCUUGUGGACACGAUACUCAGGGGGAGUGUGUUCCUUCAGUUCUUGAAAAUUUUCCAAAUGAAGAUUGUGCAGUUCGUAAUCACUGUACCAUUCCAACUGACACAUUGCCAGUUCUGAAGUCUCCAACGCCUAGUGUUUCACCAAGGCUGAGCAAUAGCAGGAAAAGUUGUUUCACAUCAACAGAACAUUUGGCUGCUGCUCUUAACCAUGGUCUCGAUGUUAUAGGGAGCCAUCGUCAUAGUGCAGCUUUAGGACGAUCAUCAUUCAGAUUUUCUUGCAUACCAUCUGGUGCUAAAGCAGUUAUACCAGUUGUGAAAGUUGAUGCAGGUGUUCAAACUCUUUGCAGUGAUGAUGAGUUAUCAGAGAAGGAUUCAAGAGAAUUUUUGUGUAGUAGAUGCAAGACUAGAAAUUCUCAGCAAGAGCUUAUAGAAGAAACUAAUGUGCAAAAUUUGCAGUUAGUGCCUGUCAACAGGUCACUAUCGCAUGAAAAAUUGAAGAAAGUUCCCAAAGAAGUUGAAAAGGUAUUGGCUGGAGCUAUUCGGAGAGAGAUGGCAUUAGAAGAGAUGUGUGCAAAGCAAACUUCUGUGAUCAUGCAACUUAAUCGUUUGGUCCAGCAGUACAGGCACGAGAGAGAAUGUAAUGCGAUAAUUGGUCAAACUCGUGAAGAUAAAAUUGCUCGCCUUGAGAGCCUGAUGGAUGGAAUCCUACCAACUGAAGAGUUUAUGGAGCAUGAACUAUUAUCACUGACUCAUGAGCAUAAGAUUCUUCAGGAAAAAUAUGAUAAUCAUCCCGAAAUUUUGAGAACAAAGAUCGAGUUACAAAGAGUUCAAAAUGAACUGGAAAGAUAUAAGAAUUUCUUUGAACUGGGUGAAAGGGAUGUCUUGAUGGAAGAAAUUCAAGACCUGAAAGACCAGCUGCAGUUGUACCUGAAUUCUUCAUCCAAGACAUCAAAAGGACCAGCUCCUCUUCUUUGUUUAACAUAUUCUUGUGAGCCCAGUGUGGCUCUACCUUUGUCCUCUGCUCCAGAGGCAACUGAAGUGAGUGCUGAGGAGAUACUGCAGAAGGAGAGAAAUCAGUGGACUGAAACUGAGGGCAAGUGGAUUUCUCUUGUAGAAGAACUCAGGUUGGAGCUGGAAUCUGGCAGAUCACUUAUACAAAAGCAAAAGCAGGAACUGGAUACGGAAAAGAAAUGUUCCGAAGAGUUAAAAGAAGCAAUGCAAAUGGCAAUGGAAGGCCAUGCCCGCAUGCUUGAACAGUAUGCUGAUCUUGAAGUUAAACACAUUCAACUGCUUGCACGACAACGUAAGAUUAGAGAAGGAAUCGAUGAUGUGAAGAAAGCAGCUGCUAAGGCUGGGGUUAGAGGUGCCGAAUCUAAAUUUAUCAAUGCCCUUGCGGCUGAAAUUUCAGCGCUGAAAGUUGAACAAGAGAAGGAGAGGAGAUAUUUUAGAGAUGAAAAUAAAGGGCUUCAGGCUCAAUUGAGGGAUACAGCUGAGGCUGUUCAGGCGGCCAGCGAAUUAGUUGUGCGGCUUAAAGAAGCAGAAGAAGCUAUUGCUGCAGCAGAGAACCGGGCUAUAGUGGCAGAGGGAAAGGCUGAAAAGGCCUACAAGGAGAGAGACAGGUUGAGUCGGUUGCUUGCAGCAGACACUAGAAAGCUAAAUGAGGGAUUUGCUGCUGAGGAGGGUAGGCAUGUUGAUGAUGGUAAUCAGCAAUGGCAAGAAGAAUUUGCACCCUCUUAUGAUAUCGAAGAAGAUCCUUCAUGGUUUGCUGGAUAUGACCGUUGCAACAUAUAG